AAGACUACCCUUGUACCUAAUUUCUUCAGAAACUUGCAAUGGCGGCACAUAUCAUUAUCCAUCCAUCACCAACCAUUGUUAAGGGUUUAACCUCCCUUCACUCUCCUUCUCCCAUUUUCCAUUCUUCUGCUUCAUAUCAAUUUUCAAAACCCUAAUUCAGAUGCUUAUCCCCUUUUGAACAAAUUCGAUUCUGUUCCCAAAUUUCAAUGGCUAGAGGUCCAAUUUCAUCACUUUUCUACUUAUGCACUCGAAAAAGAAGAUAUUUUUCAAGUUUCAAAGCUCUUCUCAUCAAUCACUCAUUGAUUUCAUCUUCAAAUUCUCAAUUUUAUGACCAUUUUCGCUCCUUUUCGACCCAUUUGAUGAACUCUCGUUUUGUUCCUGGUUUGUCUCAAAGUUUGAAUUUUUCUGGCUGUAGAAAUCUUCCCAUGAGACCUUUUUCAACAGACGGCGAGGAGGGUGGCGAAGAAACUGCUUUGGAGACGGAACUCGAAAAGGGUGUUGGUGACAAUGUUGAUUUUGAGCUUGGUAAUGAGGUUAGUGAUGAUGUUUAUGCUUUAUCUGAAAAUGGGGUUGUUUUAGAUAAUGGCAAUGAUGAAUGCAAUUCAGAGAUUGUUGAUUCUGUAGAAUGUAGUGAUAAUAGUAGUAGUAGCGAUGAUAGUAGUAAUGAUAAUGUUAGGCAUAGUAAUGAAUUAGAGAAGAAGAGUGAGGUUGAUUUUACGCACGUGGUGUCGCGUGAUCCUGUUGAAUUGUAUGGUGAGCUUAAGAGUGUGGAAAAGGGUGCAAAGUUGAUUAGAGCUGAGGUGGAAGUGUUGCAAGAUGUGUUCCACUAUUUUGCUAAAUCAGGUUGGGCUUCGAAUCAGGCACUUGCUAUUUACAUUGGUUUGUCGUUUUAUCCAACUGCUGCACACAAGUUUCAGAACUUUUUCAGGUCGAAAUGUCCUGAAGAUGUUGCUAGGUACUUGAUUUCGCUUGGUCCGUGUGAUGAAGCUGUGAGGUUUUUGUUUCCUGUAUUUGUUGAGUUUUGUUUGGAGAAUUUUAUUGAUGAGAUCAAGAAGUUUAGGGAAAUGGUUAAGUCGGCAGACCUCAGGAAACCUCACACUUGGUUUCCUUUUGCGAGGGCCAUGAAACGGAAGAUAAUUUAUCACUGUGGGCCUACCAAUAGUGGUAAAACUUAUAAUGCUUUGCAGAGAUUUAUGGAGGCGGAGAAGGGUAUUUAUUGCAGUCCACUUAGAUUGUUGGCUAUGGAAGUUUUUGAUAAGGUUAAUGCCAAGGGUGUUUAUUGUAGUUUGUUAACCGGUCAAGAGAAGAAUUAUAUCCCGUUUUCAAAUCAUGUUGCGUGUACUGUGGAAAUGGCUUCGACUCAGGAAUUGUAUGAUGUGGCUAUUAUUGAUGAGAUUCAGAUGAUGACAGAUCCAUGUAGAGGGUAUGCUUGGACUAGAGCGCUCCUUGGGUUGAAAGCUGAUGAGAUACAUGUAUGCGGUGAUCCUAGUGUUUUGGAUAUUGUUCGGAAAAUUUGUCAAGACACAGGAGAUGAGUUGCAUGAGAAACAUUAUGAGAGGUUCAAACCGUUGGUGGUUGAAGCAAAAACACUGCUUGGAAAUCUUGAAAAUAUUAAGUCUGGGGAUUGUGUUGUUGCAUUCUCAAGGAGAGAGAUAUUUGAGGUUAAGUUAGCCAUCGAGAAACACACUAAUCAUAAAUGUUGUGUGAUAUACGGAGCUUUGCCACCGGAGACUCGUAGGCAACAAGCUAAUUUGUUCAAUGAUCCAAAUAACGAAUAUGACGUUCUAGUUGCUAGUGAUGCAGUGGGGAUGGGCCUGAACCUUAACAUUCGAAGGGUGAUUUUUAAUAGCCUUUCGAAGUACAAUGGUGACAAAAUUCUUCCUGUUCCAGCGUCACAGGUUAAGCAAAUUGCAGGGAGGGCUGGUCGAAGAGGAUGCCUUUAUCCUGAUGGACUCGUCACUACCUUGCAUUUGGAUGAUUUGGAUUACUUGAUCGAGUGUUUGAAACAACCAUUUGAUCAUGUGACGAAGGUUGGCCUUUUUCCUUAUUAUGAGCAGGUCGAAUUGUUUGCCAGCCAACUUCCUAACAUGACAUUCAGCCAACUUUUAGAAAAAUUCGGUGAAAAUUGCCGUUUGGACGGAUCGUACUUCUUGUGUCGACAUGAUCAUAUAAAGAAAAUCUCUAAUAUGUUAGAGAGGGUUUGGGGGUUAUCUUUAGAAGACCGAUUUAACUUCUGUUUUGCCCCUAUUAAUGUUAGGGACCCAAAAGCUAUGUACCACUUGCUCAGAUUUGCUACAGCGUUUGAUCAGAAGGUUCCUGUAAACAUAGCUAUGGGCAUUCCAAAAUAUUCGGCCCGGAAUGAUACAGAACUUCUAGACCUUGAGAGUAAGCAUCAAAUAUUAUCUUCAUAUUUAUGGUUAUCAAACCACUUUGAUGAGGAAAAAUUUCCAUAUGCGAAGAAAGCUGAGGCAAUGGCUUCAGACAUUGCUAUCUUACUUGGUGAAUCACUCAGCAAAGCAAAUUGGAAACCUGAGUCAAGGAACAUAAGGAAACCAAAAGAAGAAUCUCAAGAAUAUUCAAGACCACAGUCUCUUAUUAAAUUAUAUGACAAGAAAUGGAGUGAAAAUUCGUCACACUCUAACCGUUCAAAGAAAAUAAAUUUUGUAACAUGAUGAUGACCUUGGAGAUCAUAAUCAACAACCACUACAAUAGGAUUAUGAAGAGAAAAAAGAGGAAAAAAGACAACUUUAGGAAUGAAGCAUACUGACAUUCAUAGAGGGGAGAAGAAAGAAAGUAGGAACUAGGCAUUGUGCAUCUGUUUAUUUUCUUAGAUAAACAAAAUUGGAGCAUUGUUAUUAUUUAAUUAUCCUUGUGUAGACUAGAAAUUUUGUUGUAGGCUUCAUUAAAAUUGUUAUUAUUUAAUCCUUUUGUAGCUAAAGAGGCUUUUUGCCUUUAGAAAUGAGGGCUAGAGCCCCAAGAUAUGAACAAGCUUUUAUUAUGACUUAA